CUUGCCCAACCCCAGCUGACAUCAGCUCUAGGCUGUUAAUCGAUUUGACGAAGGUUUCCAGUACAGAGGUAGGAACAUUCGCGCACGCUACUACGACGAGCGCAAAUUUCACGCUGGCACAUACGACCAUUGAUAGCAACGCUACUCUGAUCAGCUAGAUCUGUACGAUUCCUAGGAUGGCCAAGUCUCUGAAAGCCGUUUGUAACAGUCACACAACUAGCGCCUGCCGGAAAUAGCUAUGCCUCACCUUCACUGUACACGUGUUACCAUCCUUCUAUGCUUGAAGCCUUCUUCUUCACCUAGGCCCUUCCCAGUCACGUUACUCAUCCUGCCAUGUCUGGCCUUAGCUCAUAGACAACGAAAUAUGCCUCACUUCGCUCUUGCCGCAAGAAGCACACUGAAGAUCCUGACAUUGAUGUCAAACCAGGCAGCAUCAUCCAGGGCUUGCUCGAUUGGCAGCCCAAAUUCUCGAGGUUUCAGUGGUGGACAAGGCGAAGAAGACCACGAAGGGACGCAAGUGCUUCAGGGCGGGACCGUCGAUGAAGAGGUCUGCCGCCAUUCGAGAACGUACUUGCCAGCGCACUUGCCAGCGCUACGGCUGGUAGAUAGCUGCCAGCACGGAUCGAAUCCAUCACUGACGCCUAAGGGAGGGCGACGGCUCAAUGAAUGGAUCGGAUGAGAGGAAUCAGGGUAUAACGUUUAUGUCUACAACUUAAGAUCUCGCACCCAGAGCCAGCUUUUCCACACCAUCUCGUCAAUGUACAAUAUGUUCACGCUCCACUAUGGCUUGUGCGCAACAUGCA